CUCGUCAAUAACUCAUGUUUCCUUUUUUUUGAGCUCUGAGACUGCCUCUGAUCCUUCUUCGGUUCUCUACGGACCAUCCUAUGAUAACCACCGACGCAAUCCUAUAGAGCCCACGGUAGCUCCUUCAAUCAGCAUUGGGGGAAGCCUCAAAACUCCAUUGGAGCUCUCUGGGAAACCUUUGGAAUUUGAGUUUAGUUCAUUUUUGAAACUCUUCGUCUGAAAAAAAAAAUGAUUCAGCUACUAUUCACGGUGGUGUUGUCGGAGAUGGCGAUGAUAAUUUUGAUGUCGUUCAAAACCCCUUUGCGGAAGCUUGUAAUCAUGGGCUUAGAUCGGGUGAAGCGUGGCCGUGGGCCUAUAAUGGUGAAGACCGUUGCGGCGACGGUCUUUGUUUUGGUCGCUUCGAGCGUCUACAGCAUGAUUAAGAUCCAGAAGCGUUGGAUCGACGAAGGUGCCUCUAAUCCCACCGAUCAGGUCCUCAUGUCUAAAUACCUUCUUGAAGCCACUCUCAUGGUGUCCGCACUCUUCCUUGUUCUCAUGAUAGAUAGAGUACACCACUACAUUAGAGAACUUCGCAUACGAAGAAAGACUAUGGAGGCUGUUAAGAAACAGAACCAAGGAUUUGAGGAUGCCAAAGCUAGUGGUUUUGACGAGAUCAAAGCCAAGGAGGAAGAGAUGGUGACCCUGCGGGAAAAGCUCAAGGAGCUAGAAUCUGAUAUUGAGACGAAGAAAAAGGAUGUACAUGCUGCAGAAGCUAAUGCAGUUGCUUUAAGGAAACAAUCAGAAGGGUUCCUUCUCGAGUAUGAUCGUUUACUGGAAGAAAACCAAAAUUUACGCAACCGUUUACGAGCUUUGGAUCAAAGCUUGUCACGUUCGGGUAGCAAGAAAAAUACUUGAGAAAAAAAGGAAAUACUGACUUCUUGAAAAUUAUCUUUCUUUUCGAACCCUCCCUCCCCCUCUGAAAUUGUUACGUUUUAUAGUAUUGGUUGUGCGUUCAAUGAUGGAUUGAUUGAUUAGAUUUCAGUUUUCAUCUAUGCGUCAUUGUAAGUGUGGAGAAAUUAAAGGAACACAGAGAAAAUAGGGCUUUUACUUUUUUGUGUUCAAUUUAACCUGAGUUGGAAAUGAAGUAGAAUAUUGGAUCAAUUGUAGAAUAUAGAAAGGUUCUACUGCUUAUAUUGGUAUGUUUGUGGACACACUGUUAUUUCAUGUAAAGUCAGACUAAAUACCGAAUGAUUAUUCUUAAUACCAACUAAUAUUUCAUGACC